UCCAGUAAAAAACAGUGCGAUUAUUUUAUUUAUUUUAAAUAUUGCAUUAACGUGUCGAUCAAAACCUCGGUAAGUCGCAACCCACAGAGCGUCAUACCCUCACGCACUGAGAUGGCGAUCUAGCACUCUGGACAGUUGCAUCAGUUCCUGUGUGCGCGUGUUAAAUGGCUGUGCCGUGGCUGCUGCUCUACGCUACUUUUUAUUCCCUGGACGCAGAAUAGUCACAGAUCCUCGGUUCUGAAAGGGCAGUGAUCGCAAUAAAGACGUCACCCUCCCUUCGCUCGGGGUUGGCUCGACACUGCGCAGCUAUUUGUAAGCUACAACAACAACAACCUCCAGCAGCAACAUGCCCGUGGAUAACGCACGGAUUUCUCUGAGAUCACCUCGCCGUGUGGAUACGACAUCUGCGUCAGAUCCAUAUAGCAAAGGCAGAUUUUAAUUGCUCCGGAUAUCUCGAUAACGACUGUGGACGAAAAAAACAAAAACAACAAGUCGCAAAUAAGACAGGGACGUGCGAUCUCUUCGCAACAAAUAGGAAACCCCAGUCGUGGAUUUCAAGAGGGGGGCACUCUUUCAAAGGGACUUCACGUUCCACGUCAGGACGGAUGAGGAGGUUUCCAUGUCUCUGAUUGGCGGGGUGGCAAUAGUAUAGUAUUUACUCUGUAAGAGUCAUGGAGGAAACGGCCGCUGCAGGUCCAGAACCGGGCUCAGGUGCCGCGCCACCAGCCCCAAAACCUCAGCCUCCCUCCUUUGUACCGUCCCGCACCCUGAUGGAGUGGAGACGGAGGGUCAAGUCUGAGUAUAUGCGCCUUUGCCAACUAAAACGCCUUAAAAAAGUAGAGAAGGUCAAGACCCUGUUCGUGUCCAACAGGAAAAAGAUUGAGCAGCAAACAAAUCUCCUGAAUGCAGAGUGGUCAAGGCUCAAGAUUCAGUCCAUCCCUCUGUCAACGUCUGGUGGAGCAGUGGUCAACAAGAAGAUGUGCACGGUGGAGUUUGGCUUCCCAGAAUUUAAAGCUCAAGCCAUUGCCAUCAGACCACUUUCAACAGUGACAGGAAUCCCAUUCAUGUACUCUUGGUCGCCCCUGCAGCACAACUUCAUGGUGGAGGAUGAGACAUUCCUUCACAACAUCCCAUACAUGGGCGACGAGGUGCUGGAACAGGACGAGGCCUUCCUGGAGGAACUCAUCGACAACUACGAUGGUGUCCAUGGCGACAGAGAGGGGGGGUUCAUCAGCGACGAAGUCUUUAAAGAGCUGGUAGAGGCCUUGAGUCAUUACUCUGAUCACGAGGAGGAGGAGGAGGAGGAGGAGGAGGAGGAGAAGGAAGAAGAAGCAGCCGUGAUGACGGCACAGGCCUCGGCGGAUGUGGCGGUAAAGAAGGAGGACGAGAGAGUGAUGAGGAGCUCAGCCGAGGGUUCGGAAGACGCCAGAGCGGGUACCGUCGCAUUCAUCAGGAGGAAGAGGAGGAGCCCCACUGAGGUGAGGGACUUAUCCAGCAGCAAGAAGGUCCCCAACGAAAAUAUAUUUUCAGCCAUCGCCUCAAUGUUCCCUUACAAGGGCACCACGGAGGAGCUGAAGGAAAAGUACAAGGACCUUGUUGAGCCCCCCCAGCCGGUGAAGCUGCCCCCUCUCUGCACCCCCAGCCUGGACGGACCCUUUGCUAAGUCUGUACAGCGGGAGCAGUCGUUACACUCCUUCCACACGCUCUUCUGCAGACGUUGCUUCAAAUACGACUGUUUCCUCCACCCUUUCCACGCUACGCCCAAUGUUUACAAGCGGAAGAGCAAAGAGAUCCGCGUGGAGACUGAACCAUGUGGUGUGGACUGCUUCCUGUUAGAGAAAGGGGCUAAGGAGUUUGUGGAUCAGAAUAUGUUACGGUCACAAAGGUCUCGGAGGCGCCGAAAGCAGCCGCGUCCCGCCAGCUCCAGCUGUCCCGGACCGUCUGCGUCUGCCGAGGAAGCACAAGAGGGCUGCAGUGACCAUGAAACCACCUCCUCCUCAGUGCUGAUACCGGAGGAUUUUCCUUUGUGUGUAACAGAGGGGAAUUCGCGAUGCCCAACUCCCACCAAGCUGCGUCCGGGCGAUGAUGACGGCAAGCAGCAGGCGGGCAGUGUGGUCCAGUGGAGCGGGGCAGAGGAGUCACUGUUCAGGGUGCUGCACGGCACCUACUUCAACAACUUCUGCUCCAUCGCUCGCCUUAUCGGCACAAAGAACUGCAAGGAGGUGUAUGAAUUUGCAGUGAAGGAAGUUUUGAUCCAUCGUGUUCCUCUUGCCGAUGGAGGAAUCGCGCCCCAAAAGAAGAAACGAAAACACAGGUUAUGGGCAAAGAUUCAGCUCAAGAAAGACAACUCGUCCAACCAGGUGUACAAAUACCAGCCAUGUGAUCACCCUGACCAUCCGUGCGACAGCUCCUGCCCGUGUGUGAUGAGCCAGAAUUUCUGUGAGAAGUUCUGCCAGUGCGUCCAUGAGUGCCAGAACCGCUUCCCAGGCUGCAGGUGUAAGACGCAAUGCAACACUAAACAGUGUCCCUGCUACCUGGCCGUGAGGGAAUGUGACCCAGAUCUGUGCAUGACCUGCGGCACGGCAGAUCACUGGGACAGCAAAGCCAUCACCUGCAAGAACUGCAGCAUCCAGAGAGGCCUCAAAAAGCACCUGCUUCUGGCGCCGUCAGACGUCGCCGGUUGGGGCACCUUCAUCAAAGAGCCGGUUCAGAAGAAUGAGUUCAUCUCUGAAUACUGCGGAGAGCUGAUCUCCCAGGAUGAGGCGGACCGACGUGGAAGGAUCUACGACAAAUACAUGUCCAGCUUUCUCUUCAACUUGAACAAUGACUUUGUCGUGGAUGCCACGCGCAAGGGGAACAAAAUCCGCUUUGCAAAUCAUUCAGUUAAUCCCAACUGCUACGCAAAAGUUGUAAUGGUGAAUGGAGACCACCGCAUUGGUAUCUUUGCCAAACGAGCAAUACGGCAAGGAGAGGAGCUCUUCUUUGACUACAGAUACAGCCAGGCUGAUGCCCUUAAAUAUGUGGGAUUAGAAAGGGUGCAUACCUCCGUAACCUCUGCCUAACCCUAGAGCCGCCCACUAAUGCUUCCGUCCCUCUCUGUAGCGCCGCAUCCAGCAGGACAGUCUGUGUCUCUGUCCUCUGUCCCUUCCAUCUGUUUGCUGGUGCUGCUGCCCUGCUUACACCCCUCACGCCACCUUCUUCAGUGACAGCAGUCUGCUCUCCUGCUCAUCUGCCCCCCCCCCCCCCCCACAUCUACCUGCAAGAGUAUAUUUGUCAAGCUUAUGAAACUAAACUAUUUAAAGUGGAAAUACUAUUAAUCUGUUUACCGUACGAUGAUGACAUGUUGUUUUUGUUUCAUCUUGUUAAAGCAUAGAGGUUUUAGAGUAGUUUUGUUACUGUACUCAUAGACCGGCUUUUGUUGGACUUCUCAAUACGUAAUGCAAGCUUUUACAUCGUACCUAAUGAUGCUCAGUUAAAUGCAUGUGCUGUCUCAUGGAUAAGCAAUUAACCAAUAAACAAUGUUAGUCACAGCAUUAGCUUCAGUCAGAUUCUGCUGCUUGCAGUCCUUCCGUAUCGUAGUGUGAUGUUACCCGCUGCCUGUUCUACAGAAGAACUUUACAAGGUUCCAAAGCUUUGUAUGUUCAUCUGUGAAUUGUUCUGCAAAAAUAGGCGACCAGACUAGAAACCGACUGACUGAAUGUAACCUCUGGUGAUGAUAGUGGAGAGAUCUCAUUCCUCUUUUCAUUUCAAGUAUUAACCCAUUCUAUUGGUACUCUGAACAACGUGCAUGCACAUCAUGUUUACAUGAUCUUGAGGACUUCACAUUUUGUGAAGGAAGUAAUUAAUGCAUUAACAAAUAGCACAGUAAAAGUUGUCCUUUUUAUAAGUGCCAAAUGAUUCCACACAGAAAAAAGCUGAAAAUAUUGUCGAUGUGUUGCAGAAGGUAAACUUUGCAAGGUUAAUACCAUGAGAAAAUAAAAAUGAUCAGUGUGACCAAAUAUUAGUCGCCCACAUAUGAAUGUAAAAUAUAUUUCUUAUAAUUUUCCUAAUUUCUUUCAUAUGUCCACCCUGUUUUUCAUUUAGAAAACAUUGAAGCCCACUUUAAAAUGAGAUCUUUCACAAUAGGGAUGAACAAAAUGGAGUUUACUGCUAUGUACAGUGUCUGCCUAUAACAAUUAAAGUUUAACUUUAUACAUUAAAAUA